AGCUAUUUUUCGGUUAAGCCUCGUCGAUUCUGUGCUCAACAACUUUGAUCACUUCAUUCAGUCUGUGCUCAGAUCAUCGAAAGGUUGAAAAUAAAGCCUUAUUAUUUUAAAGGAGAUACGGUCAGGCUUGUUGACAGGAGUAAGACUAUGUCCCAAAAGAUAACUACUUCAAAUUACAGGUCUUGAAGACUGAUUUGAUACCGUGAACUCAAGACAAAAUGUCGCUCAAGGAAUUCGAGAGUGCUACCUUUGACCCAGAGCAGUACAUUGAACAGCUGGCAUGGCGCACCCAAGGCGGCGACUCCAAGGAAGGCCCACAAGACUUUGAUGCCAAGACGAUGCUGAGGGCGUUUGAGAACACCAUAGAGGAACUCAAGCUGUUGAGUAUGAGGAUGGAGGAACGCACUGGGAAACUAGACGCAAGCAUCCGUGCCGAGACCAAGAAUCACGCCAAGAGAGUGGCUCAACUGCAAGAAAACAACAAGAUGGCCUUCUUGCAUUUCCAAGAGCUGGAUGAACACAUCAACAAAGUGGCCACUAAUGUGGUGCAUCUAGGUGACCAGCUGGAGGGAGUCAACACCCCUAGGGCUAGGGCAGAGGAGGCCAAGAAACUCAUUGAGUACUUCUCAGAGUUCCUGGAUGACUUUGGGCCCAAGGCUGAGGUAUUCAAUGAUCCAUUCCAGCUUCAGGAAGCAGCAGAUAUCAUUCAGAAGUUGCAGCUUAUAUCACAAGAGCUUCCACAAGAGCAGUUUGAGAAGCCAAAGAGAAGAAUACAGGAUAAGUACAAUCAGAUUGAGGAAGACCUGAUCACUGAAUUCAGGUCAGCAUUCCACGAGGGCGCUGUUGACAGGAUGAAAGAACUAGCAGGGAUACUGACGCACUUCAAGGGGUUUCACCGAUGCAUCGAUGCCUUCAUUGAAGAAAGCCAAGCGAAUACGUAUAUUUUCUACGAUGUAUAUGAAGACUUGAUCCCACUCUGUAAGAAGGUGAAUAACAUAGUCCAUCAAGUCUUCAGCAGUCCAGAGAGUGUCAUGGGAAAGUUUGUGCUCAAUCUCUAUGAGGUCAAGCUGCAGGAACACGUGAAACAGAAACUGGCCAAUCAUGAGGACAUGGAGCACUACCUGAAGGAUCUCCACGAGCUGUACGCCCGGACUGGCCGGCUGACCACGGCUCUGUCUGAUUACCGGCUAGGCUCAGACGCUCACCUACUUAGCCGACUGACCAAGCAUAUCUUUGGCAGCUACCUGCAGAGCUACAUCGCCAGGGAAGAGAUGCACCUGAGGGACAGGAUGUCAGAGAAUCUAGACAACUACUACAAGGGGAUGAACCACCAGAAGAAACAAAUACAACACACUGGAGGGCUGCAAGAUCUGCAGCACAAGCUGCGCACUAAGACAACGCUGAAUAUCGGCUCCUCAGGACCCCAAGUUGACUUCAAGGGGGAAACCUUCCUGUCACAGGAGAUUGCUCUGAAUCUACUCAACGAAUCCAAGCAGGCAUUCAACAGAUGCCAACUGCUGUCCAACCAGUCAGAUCUGUCCCCUCAUGCCAUCAUCAUCUUUGACAUCCUGAUAGAGUAUCUGUGCAUUGAUCACAUUGAUUACGCCCUGGAGAUUGGUCUUCAGGGAAUUCCCUCCUCUGAGCCCAAGAACCUUCCCCAGACCUACUUCUUCAACAUCGCCGGCGAGGCCAAUGCCAUCUUCCAUCUGCUGGAGAAGCAAUUCAGCGAUGUGCUAGUGCCAUUAAUAAGAGGCCACACCCCUGAAUCAGUUGGAAUGUGCUUUGUAAGUUCUUCGCCCGCACAUAGUGACUGUGUGCAGAAGAAGAAGCAGACCAUGGAGCAGAUGGAAUCCAAGAUAGAGACUGGACUGGACAGGACAUUAGCCACAGUGUGCGGUUGGAUGAAGUACCUCUUGGAUAAGGAGCAGAAGAAGACAGAUUUCAGGCCAGAAUCAGAGGAAGGACCCAUGCGGAUGUAUUCCAAUGCAUGUGCCAAGGUGAUCCCUUUCAUUGAGAAGCAAGUUGAGACCAUCAAGCGAUGCUUGGAUGGUAAGAACAUCACAGCGGUCCUGAUGGAGUUUGGCAUCAGAUUCCACCGCGUCAUCUAUGACCAUCUGCAGCAGUUUACCUAUAACUCACUGGGUGCCAUGUUGGUGAUCUGUGACGUGAAUGAGUAUCGUCGUCUAGUGAAAUCCUUCAAAGUUCCCAUGGUCAACUCUCUGUUUGAGAAGCUGCAUGCCCUGUGCAAUCUGCUCGUAGUGGUCCCUGAGAACAUCAAGUCUGUCAUUACUGGAGAGCAGUUGAGUGGCUUAGAGAAGAACACCAUGAUGUCGUUUGUACAGCUGAGGGCAGACUUCAAGACAGCCAAGAUAGCUCAGCAACUAAGGUAGCCAGGAGUGGAUAAGGUAGACAACAUUGACCAUCAGAUUUGCAUGGCUAGUCUAGUAAUGGAGUGACACCCUGUGCCAGUGAAUCUCUUUUGGGGUCAUGUGUCGUUCUGAGAGGAAUCAUGUAAACCUAAUAUUUCAACCUGUGUUCCGUGUCGGGAAAGGAUUGGAUUUGAUGAAGUGAAGCGUUGGUCUCUAGCUGUCCAGCACCCACACAUCCAGGCUGCACUGCUUCCAGAUCCAACUCACAUAUAGACCUCACUUGUCUAAAUCCCAGGCGAGCACAAAACAUUGAGACUCAUUGUCACUUCGUGUCAUCUCAAAUUGUCACUUACUGUGGAAAAGAACUUCUUUACAGUUGUCGAACCUCUGCAAGAAGCGCUCAUGAAUCCUGAUAUCACUGUAAUUUUCUUAGCUAUUGCAGAGUGAACCUCAAAUUAAGUCAGCAAAGCUCUCCAGACUGUAUGUUUGUUCAAAUAUUUGAAUGAGUUAUGAUGAACCGAGUACAACAAGUGUGAAGAUACUGCUAUUUGAAACUGAAACUUAAAACAGUUUUGUGGGGGGUUGAUGAUAGUUAAUGACAAAUUUUCAGUAGCAAUGGAUUCAUGGGUUGUAUGAACAUUCACACUGUAGAUGAUUUUCUUAUUUUUUCAAUUUUCAAUGCUUGUUUAUUUCUCUAAGUGGCGUUCACACAUUCCAAU